AUGUACAACUUAUUUUCAGGGAAUGUCAUUCCUUCAUCGAAAAUUUUACGUCUUAAAGAUAAUUUUUUCAAAAUUACAUUUCCUGACAGUAUAGCUCACGAAGAGAAAACGCUUAAAUACUUUCAAGCAUAUACAAAACGCCUUGCUGCGCAAAUUGCACAAUUUCAAGAGCCUGUUUGGAAGAAUUCUUUCCAUUCGUUUUUAAUCGAUCUAAUCAAGCAAGGUAAAUCUCGUCUCGAUCAAGAACUAAUGUAUUUUCGUGAACUCGAAGAUGAAAUUUCAUUUUCUCGAGCUUUAUUCAACCCCCAGUCAAUAUAUCAGAGCAAAAUCGACGAAUUGUUCAAAUCUGACCUCAAAACCGAGAAUACAAAUGAAUUCGUCUUAGAAAUCAUGGAUUUCUGUGACGAUUUCGUUCCAGAAGAUGAAUUAGAUUCAGAUGAGCAGACAUGUUGCAUUUUAAUUCUCGUAAGGGCCAUUUUCAAUAGAUUCUACGAACGAUGCGAGAAACUAUUCGCUCCAAAGUACGAUUCCGACUAUCAAAAGAUCGAAGAUCUGAAACAGAUCCCUGUUCUUCUCUUUACUAUCCCUACAGAGCUUGUACAGCUUCCAAUAACAGGAUCCAUCAGCUCGUAUUUCCGAUCAGACCCUUUCUUCCUUGCUGCAGCUCAAUUUCUUUCCCAGACCAUUUUCCAGUCAAAUCCGAUCGAUUCACUUUACUACAUACACAAAUGUCUGAUCGGAAUUCAGAAAGGCGCUUUGAUUCGACGCCUCGGAGGCGUUGAUGCAAAAUUAGAGGAUGUUAGGUCUCUUCUUUGCUUCGACGACCUCUUCUCCCUGUUGUUCGGUAUACUUAUGGCCUCUGAUAUCCCUGACAUUUACUUCGUCGCAGAUUUCAUCUCGCGAUAUGCACCGAAAAACAGCCUUUCGCCGGCUUUUGAGUACGCUACUGCCAACAUCGAAGCUUUGAUCGAACAUGUAAGAAGAGUCGAUCUUGCUGAGCUGAAGGAAAAGGCAAAAUAA